UACGGGCAUUAACAUCAAUCGAUUUUGUGGAAGAUUAUAGAAAUAAAAUUCGUUUUUUAUUUUCCAACAUCUGCGUAUAAGGAAAUCGGUUAUAAUAGUUUUAAAACAUUUAAAAACAGCCCAACAUUCAUUGAUAAAUUUCGUAUGUCCAUGCGGUGUUCGGUGGCUAGUUAAUCUGUGCGAUAGAAAAUUUCCGUUUGGCCACUUAGUCGCCGUUUAAGCCAAGUCUUAAGUCUAGUGGGCUUAGCCGGUACCCUUGCAACAUAGUGAGGCGAAAGGUCAAGCCAUAAAUGCUGGAAGAGGGAGACAAGGAAACAUUGAGAGAGAACGAGGGGGGUUUUACCCGUGCGAACAGAAUUCAGGUAAUCAUGCAGGUCGCCAGGUCAAAGGACAUGUGCCAGGUCAACAGCUCAAACUGCCUAGCAGACACAGCACCAGAAGCCGAGCCAGAACCAGCCCAAGUCACAGCCACAACAGCACCAGACGAAGAGGCAGAACCAGAGCCAGAACCAGAAGCAGAACCAGUACCAUAUCCACGCCGUCGUCGCGCUCCGAUCCGUAACGCGGAUCCCCACAGGCUCAAUCAAUUUAAACAGAAACUCCUUGAAAUGGAGAGCCAACAGCAGCAGCGCAACAAUCGUCGUGGCGCCCGCCCCAGUGUGGGAUAUCUGCUGUUCCAGUACCAGAGCGAGCUGACCCGCCGCCAUGCGGAGCCCACGCGGCUCUCCCGCACCAAGAUCCACAUCAUUGAUGGCCUGGUGUCGCACACCAUACGCCACCUGAAGAACUGCAGCGUGGAGGAGCUGCAGGCCUGCAAGCGGGAGCUGGUCUACAAGGAGCAGCUCCGGGAUCAGCUCAAGUGGAGCAUGAAGAGGCGCCGCAUGGCCACCACCAGAAGCAGCAGCGGCAGCAGGGGCAGCUCCCCAGCUCCGAUGGCAAAGUCCCCAAGGACACCGCCCAAGCCGCGUCCCCAAGGCGAGGACCAGACCUCAAAGGUGUCCCUCUUUGGACCCGAGAUCUUUGUCUAGAGAUCUUUAUGGAGUUCCUUACAUUUUUUUUUUUAGUACUUAAGUUUCCUUAGUUCAAUUAAUGAUUGACCUUAAUUGUUGACGAUUAAAAAUCAAAGAAAAUGAUGUUGAAUAAAACCACAAAAAAACAAACAAAAACAAA